GCUGCGGACAGUGCCGAGGUCCGUUCCGGUGAUGCGGAUCCGUCAGCGGCACCCAGGGAUGCAGGGACGGCACGGCCCCCAACGUUGCCCCCCGGUGGCCGAGGCCGCGUGCGGUUCCGUGCGUCCCCGACGGUGUCACCGACCGGCACACCGGAACACCGGAACGGUAGCCAGCGCUUCCGUCCCGUGACCACGUCCCCGACCGACCCUUCCAGCUCGGUGGCCCCUCCGCAGCAGCAGCAGCAGUCUCGCCGCCGUUCACGACCAUCGCUGACGGGUAGCUUGGCCGCGAGCCGCUUUGCCAUCGGCCGUGACAGCACAACGGAGGCGCCUGGUGCCGCACUGCGACGCGUCAACUUUGAGCUGUACAGUGGGCGCGGUACCACGACGAGUACGGGUGAGCCAGCGAUCGAAACGGGACCACCACCGACAACGACGACGGCGGAACCGGGUGAGAUCCGGUCGUACACGCGCCUCCCGCUCGACGAUCCGUUCAUGACGCAGGAGCGCAUCCUGCUGACGCUUGGUACCGCGCUCCGGUAUGGGUUUAGCAACCGGAACGAGCUGACGACAGCGGGCCGCGCCGAGUCAGUGACAGAGCAGCAGAGCAGCACUCCGUUCAAGGGUCGCCCGUUUGGGUUCGAGCGUGACAACAUGCCGGCCAACGUGGCCGAUAGUGCGUUCGUCGAGGGUUUGAACGAUAUGUCGACGGAGCCGGAGGCGGAGCUACCGUACACGGUGGCCGAUACCGUGCCGACCACCGUCUACAGUGUGGAUCCGGCCGAGGUUGACACAACGACACCGCAGCCAAGGCGUCCGGCAGUGCGCACCCGGACGGGAACGUACCGUGCUACGACGGAAUCGAGCGAUACGACGCUGAACGUGGUCGUGUCGGAGGUGAACACUAACAAAACGUUCAUCCCGGGUCGUAUAACGCGGCCAACGCGCCCAGCACGGUUCCGGUCGAGUACCACGGAGCCGCUGGGUAGCACCGAGACGGCUGGCGGUACCGAGCAGACGGAAGCGAAAGCAUCGCGCAGACCGUUCGGGUUUGCCCGGCGCCAGGAAGCGCUGGCAGCGCGGUUUGCUGUGCCCGAUAACGAGCUUCCCGGCAUAUCGACCACCAAACGGCAGCGUGGUGGCGGUGUUCGGCGUCGGACGACGACCACGACGACGGCGACGCCGACCACAGCACCUGAGAAGGAGGUGGAACAGAGGGUAACCGCGCCAGACAGGCGCCAGCGACUGUUUGCUGCAAGAACGACGGCAACGGCAACGACCACCACGACGACGACGGCGACCCCGCCCACGAGUGAACCGUACACGGUUGAACCACGGACCUACCCGGACAGUAACGUCGCCAACUCGGACUUUACCACCGUCAUCUCGAAGGACGCAUCGAACGAGAUCGGUUCCACGUUCGAUCUGCUCAACACCGACGGGUUGCUAGCGUUUCCCGAGCACCGGGACGACCGGGAGCAGGGCUCGGAGGAGGAGCAGGGCCCGUCGUCGGAGGAGGAUGAGAUGGUGACCCCGGGGGGGGACACAACGCUGGCGACCCCCCCAUCCAUCCCGCUGACCUCCCGGAAGCGCCCGGAAGCCACACGGCAACGUUACAACGACAGCCAACAGAUCGAGUCCGAGUCGAUCUCGAACAGGAGCCCGGGGGCGCGUGCGUUCACCACCGGUGCACCGCCGCGACGCUUCACCGGCCGCAUCCUCACGACCGAGGCCACGGAACCGACGGAACCGAUCCGGAAGUUUAUACCGACGCGCCGCAACAGGCCCUCGUUCUCGCUGGCACGCAACCGGCUGUCGAGCAGCACGACCGAGGGCGCGGACCCACCGGUCACGUCCGCGACACCAGCGUCACCCGUAAGCUCCGGCUCGUUCGUACCGACACGCCGACGGAAACCGUUCAGCGCGAUAAGUGGCCGCACCACCACCACGGCGACGACGACGACGACGACGCCGACACCAGCAGGAGCGGGUGACGUGGGUGAGGGAGCCCCGGUUCGAACGCCACCCCGACGCCUCUCCGCUAACCGGCGACCACCGACGUUCGUCGAUUCCUUCGACCAACCGUCACCGAAGUCACCGAAACCGUUCGAACAACGGGCACCAAAUCGGAACUCACUGCUCCUCCCCAAGCGGCCCCAAUCCUUCCUGCGUACCACGACGACAGCCAAAACGACGACGUCCCCAGGGGAGGGGAGCGGUGAGACGACGGAUCGCACCACGUACGAGGGUGAAACCAGUGGCGAGCGUUACGGGUACGGGACGACACCGCGCCGGUCCUCGUACGAGCGCUACAACAGUGGCGAGGAUGAGCAGGAGGAUGAGAACGAGAUCGGGCAGCGCCAGGGCAAGCGGCUGCCGGGCAGUGCGCUCGGCGGUAGUGACGCCAGUAACGCGCUCGGCAGCUCGGGAGAGCUCGCACCGGGGAUCACCGGACUCGGCGGAGUCGGUUUCCGCCGUCCGCCGGUCAUCGGUUCGGCGCCACCGCGUAUCAUCGGUUCCGCCCGGUUGCCAGCACUCGGUACCGGUAGCAACCGGUUCAUCUUCAACAACGGGCAGCCAGCAGCGGGCGGGGAGGCGGCGGCGGCGGCAGGUGGUUCAACAUCCACGACCACGCAGCGCACCAUAACCACCCGCACCAGGCGGCCGUUUGGGGGUGUGGGCGGCUACAAACCGCAACUGCCGGGCCAGAACGGUACGGUUGGUGGUGCGGGCAGCGUCACGACACCGAGACCACGCUUCACCCCGACCACCCGCACCCGUGCACCGCCAGGGGGCCGGCAAAGGUCGACAACGCCAGCGGGGGCGGUGGAAGGGGCCGACCUGGUCGCGUCACGUGACGGUACCAGCAGCGAGCUGGACAGUGGCGCCCCGACCAGACGCUACCAGCCACGCAAACCAACGAACGGACGGCGCAACCAGAUCACGAACACGGUACCGGGUGGCGGUGGUGUUGCUGCUGGACGACCACGCACCAACCCAACCGCACUGUUCGGUAGUGGGCGUGGUGGACCAGUGGCACCGCUAACCACUACCGAGCCCACCGUACGAGCGACGUCCGUACCAACGGACGAAGGCACCGCCGCCGGUGGAGAACUGGAAACGGUGACAGUGACGACGCAAACGCUCACGACUUUGCUCACACCGAGUGGCAGUGCAGCGGGCUUUACCACCGAUCCACUCUUUACUACCACUACCACCACUACCACCACAAACAACAACAACAACAACAACAACAACAACAACAACAACAUGAAUAACAACAACAGUCAACAAGCAACACUCACUAGCAACACUAGCGUGGGUCGGGAGGCGGAGAAUGAAAUCGUUGAAAAGACGACCGUGUACCCGACUCAACAGGAGCAGCAGCAGCAGGAGCAGCAGCAGCGGGACGAGGAAGAGGAGGAGCAGGUUACGGGAGGACUGAACACACUCAGAACCACCACCGAAUACUACACCGCAUCCGAUGAGGCACACUACACCACACUGAAUACGGCCGACACCAAGUACACGAUCAAUGAUAAUAUCGAUAUUGAUGAUGUCCAUGUAUUGCAGGACCGGGGUCGCACGUCCACGACCACGGUGAAGCCGACCACGCUCUACCACGUGUUCUCGAUCGACAAGGACAACGCCGAGUCGGUACCGUCCUCGACGGAGAUCUACCGGACGGAGGAGCAGGAGAUCGAGCUGCCGGCCGCUAACCGGACCGACAAGCUGGUCCAGAUCCAUCGGGUGGUCGAGAUCUACACCAAGAACGCUAGCAACCCGGACGACCUGCCGGUCAUGCAAAAGCUGGGCGAAAUCAAUCGCAAGAUCAUCAUCCGGCUGGUUGAACCGAACAGGGCUACGAACAGGAGUAGUAGUAGUAGUAGCAGUACGACCACCACCACCACCAACAAUCAGGAGCAACCGAACGCGAACGAGGCGGCCACGGCUACGGAAAGUUCGGACGAGAGUGAGAAGCGGGGCCGCAGUAUGGUGCUGUCGUCGAACAGUGUGUUCACCGUGGAAACCUCCACGAUCCCGCUCGAGGGGCUGUUCGAUGCGGAGCAGAAGAGCAACGGGUUCCCGCUAACCACCACCGAGCUACCGCUCCCGCUGGACCCGGAAACCGUAGCGCCACAGCAGGAAAUCGAGCGGAUCUCGAGUGUGGAGUUCGGUACGGUUGUUCCACCGGCAGCGGAGGAGCUACCCCUCACCAUCACGCCACUAGUGGCGGAAACGGAGCGCUACACGCUACAGGUAACUAGCAGUGGACGACCGGACGCACUGUUGACGACGGUGUUGGCGCACGGUUCGGACGCACGCACGGCACCAACGCACACGACCGAGUACGAGUACGAUGCUGGUGGUGGUUCGGGUGUGACCACCACUACCGACACUGCUGCCGACCAGUACACGACCACCAGGGCGGCACCGGUCGCUUCCUCGACGCAACGGGAGAUCGUACACAAGUACACGCUACCGGCCGAGUUCUCCUUCCAGGAGCCCUCGAGUGAGACGACUACUAGCACCACCACUACCAGCACCACUACUACUACUACGGGCACACCACUGACUACUCAGACUCCGACCACAACGACGUCGACGUCGACGACGACGACGCAAACACCGGAAACGGAGCAGCCAGUGCCGUCGACGGAACCUGUGGCCGAACGAGUACGCCCACUGGUGCUACCGAGCACCAAGGAGGGUAAGCGCAAGUACACCAAGCGGCCGACCGAGCCACCACCGCGGGUACCGGACUUUGCGUACAACCGGGAGGUCGCUUCGGACUCGGAGCAGCAGCUCGACAGCACCACGGAACCACUCACGACUGAUGCACCACCGCCAGCGACUAGCAGCCGGGCACCGUCGCGCUACCUGAAUGGGCGCAAGUACGUGUCCUCCCUCUCGCUGCGUCCCAACUUUGGCGGAACGGGCUCAUCGGAGGCGCCCGGCGUCGGUUCGUUCCGUAAAUCCAAGGAUAUCCCGGUCGGUGUGCCAUCGAAGGGUGCCGGCACUACGCUGGACGCACCCGCAGCCACAACAGUGACACCGACGACCAGGACGACGACGACCAGGACGACAACGCCCAGGACGACCACGACGACUUCUGCACCGAUCACGAAGAUCGACUUCAACAUCAAGUACGUGCUGCCGGCGUCCCUACCGUCGGCCGGGGACGGUACCGAGCUGAAGAUCGAGAGCAAGAACGACAAGUACAGUGUCCCGCUGACGCCGAUACUCCGGCCCGACUUUGUGACGCGCGAGAUCUCGGGCGAACGGCAGGAGCGCCAGUUUUCGCCGGUCUACCGGCCCGAUCUCGACAACGACGAGCUGACGCGCCAGCUCACCAGCGACCCGGACCCGGUCGCCCUCGAGGCGGCCCAUCUCGAUCACGAAAUCUUGGGUGGCGGCGGUGGGGACGGAGUGGCCGGAGUGCGCACCGGGGCCGAUCUGCUGUCCGGCGAGUCGUCGGGCGAGGGGAGUGGCGAGCGGGGCAGUUUGGCCCGGUCGGCGGCCUUCUUCCUGCGCCGAUCCGCGGAGGUGCGACCUCAGUUCCGGCCCAGUCUCCGACGUCCAGCAGGCGAACAGCAGCCAGCAGCAAGCACCACAACCGUACGCACCAAGACCACGCGACGCUCUGCAUCGAGCGAAGAGCAGUACUCGGCGACGACCAGCCAGCCACCGACGUCGUCGUCGUCGUUGUUGUCCCGUAGGCGCCGACCGACCGCCCCAUCCUACCUCAGCAAGCUGGCGAACGCAAAUCGGCUCGCCACGGCCACGGUGACGUCACUGGGUGAGCAGAGCACGAUCGGUACGGUGACGAGCACGACGGCCAGCGCCACCACCACCACUGCCACCACUGCCACUGCCACUACUGGAAGCAAGUUUAGCCGCCCAAAGCCCGCCGGAGCUAGUAGUUUGCGACGCAAAUAUGGUGGAGGAGUCAGAACCGGUUCCAAUACCGGUGCAACCUCCACGUCCAGCGGUGACAGUGUCACACCGCAGCCAGAUCCCAUCGAACCGGCUACCCGUGCAACGAAUACGCUGUUCAGAAGACGGAACAGUGCGUCUCCAUUGACACGCACCACGACGACCACGACGGUUGCUUCCGCUGGGACGGUUACGGGCAGUCCCGUGAGUGACAAGUUUUUCGGCAAAAGUAAGUACAGCAGGCCAGCAGGUGUCCUUAGUUCGGUCAAGCUAACGGCACCGUCGGCACCGGUAUCGGACGCCGACCAGCACAUCGAACCGAGCAUACGCCAAAACAGCAAGCUGUCCAGCAGCAGCGACAACGACAACGACAGCGACGGGGAGACGAAGGGAAAUGCGCGCUUCCAGCAAAUCGGCGAACCCAACCGGGUGUCGGUGGAGCAGGAGCUGCUCCUCGACGCCAUAACGACGAUCUCACGGGCACCACUCCCACUGACCAGCACGACGACGACGCGCAACAAUGUGGAGGCGACGACGUCGGUGGAACGGACCACCGAACACCAGGUUCCCGGUGUGGUACACGUGGAGCAACAGGGCUUUCCGGCUAGGGCGAAUCAGCGUGCCACGACGCACAAGUACAACAUCACCCACCAGUACCCUUAUCCGCUCGGGUAUACCGAGCCAAUCACCAUAUCCACGUCCACCCGACGAUCGCAGAAACUGAUCCAGCAGCAGCAGCAGCCACGCAUUGCAACGCACUCACAGUCCUAUUACCAGCAGGCAGAAUACAAGCACUACUCUCACCCGCUGGCAACGGCCACGAUUCAUCCCCGACAGGACACACCAGCGUCAGCGGUGCUGCCCCGGAAAACCAAACCGCCACCAGCGAGCGGAUACAACGGGCCCUACGAGAGCGGUCGCAAACAUCCGGAUGAUAACGCCGGUCGCCCUCGUACAUCGCCCAUCGACUACGAUUACUACGACGAUGAUAACGCGCGUGUUAUCGGGAAAUCUACUUCUCAAGUGAAGGUUAUCAUGCAUGGGCCGGGUAUCAUCGAGUGCCUCGAUCAGGGCAACUUUCCCCAUCCGCUGUCGUGUAAGAAAUUCAUCUCGUGUGCCAAAAUGGAGAUCGGUGGAGUCAUUGGGUGGGAGUACAUUUGCCCCAAGGGUCUCAGCUACGAUCCGGUCGGUGGCAUCUGUAACUGGUCCGCCGGGCUCGGUUGUAAGGACUGACAGGGCACGGGCAGGGGCAGGGCGGCUACCGCUGAUGUUGCGAUGAGCAACUCAAUGCGGUUUCAACUCCCACGUUUGCUCUCUCUCUCUCUCUCUCUCUCUCUUUAUCACUCUCUCCGCGCUCCUCUUUCUUAGACCGAUUAGAGAACUAGGUGGGGAAAAACAGAAAGAAAAAAAAAACAUUUUAAUGUUUUCGUUACUGCCUAAUGCCGGUUUACCUUUCUACCGGUCGGUUACAAACAGCCUGUUAUUUGUGCCCUGUGUUGUGUUCAGUAUUCUGUGUUCCCAAUAGAAAACUAAACAAUAUCUUACAAUCACACCAUUCGCCAACUGAAGUAUUGUGUGCUUCUGCUAAAUACUGAAUAAAAUACUAUUC